UGUUAUUUGUACUGACAAGUAAGUUUUGUAUUUGGAAGGCUUUGGGGUUGUGAGCUCCAAAGCAAGACACAGGAAGAGGACAUGUUUUUGGUUUAUUUGUCGGAGGCACAAUAAUUAAUUAUUUCUUUGGAAUUGACAAAAGGACAACAUUGUACUCUUACAAAUUUUUAGGCAAAUAUUUUGUGGAUUUUAAAGUAAAUUGAUACGAUUGAUCAAUAUAAUACAAAUGUUUUUUUUUAACAAACAUCUCAAUCGAUACAGAAUUUUUUAGGAAAAUUUACCAUAAUUUCCGGCUUAUACGACGCAACUUUUUUCACACGCUUUCAACCCUGCGGUUUAUGCGGUGAUGCAGCUAAUUUGUGCAUUUUUUCUAACGGCCGCAAGGGGGGCACUCGAGCGGAAAGGUAAGAGUGAGACUGAAUAUAUGUGCCGAGGAAGUGACUUUUACCGAUCCAGCCCUGUUCGCGUGGCACUAACGUUAGCGCUGGCAUUACCGCGUCGCUAGCUUUAGCGCAGCGGCACUAGCGUUAAACUCUCUGUGUACCGUCUUUCUUUGUAAAUAUCUCGUGUUUCAAUGUGAGUUUCAAUGUGGGCACUUGCAGGUUUUACACAGCUGCGGCGUAUCUAUGUACCAAAUGGUAUUUCCUUUACAAAUACACUGGGUGAAGGUUAUAACCAGGUGGACUCCGUAAGCCGGGAAUUACGGUAUGUAAAAUACAAUUUUCCAAACUAUUAUCCAUAAUAAUUUCAAGACAUUUGACAAUGUUUUAAAGAACUUAAAAUGCAGAUUGUGGGUCAUAUUUACUCAAAUCAAAAGCAAUUUUAAUGAAAAUCAUAAUUACAUUUUGAUAUAGGACCCCUAAUUCAAGGGUGGCCACUACGCUAAUCACGAGCCGGUGAUUUAUUUAUUUUUUUUGUCUGAUGUCAAUUAACAGCGAGCUUAGUGUGUGCGCUACUGAAGAAGCAAUCGUUCGUGUUGAUUUUAUUCUACUGAGGCAGCAACCAGAAAUAAGUUUACAAGACAAAGAGUGUCAAUAGUAAGGAACUAAUGUGCAAUACACUGUUCCAAAUAAACCCCAUCCUCGAAAACAAAUUUGCUCGCGUUCCUUCCUUGCUGCCAUGUCAAGAUGUGGAAAUCUGUGAAGGAAGUUAGCCGAGAUGACAACCUCAGCCACAGAAGAAUCAUCUCCUCUGCCUGUCCUGACCAGUCAGAUGACCGAAGGAGAAAUUGUUAACACCAUAGAUAUCAUAUAUAACAGAUGGAGCUUGGAUUUAAAAAGAGAAUGGCAUUUUCAUUUCCAUUGAGACUUUCUGGUCCGGCAGCCUUGGUUCAAUCCCCACUCAGUGACUGAAGGUGUUGAGUGGCGCCAACUGCUAACUGCCACACAGACUGGCAACCAGUUCAGUGUCUAGUCUGCCUUUAGCAGAAGUUAGCUGGGAUAGGCUACAGCAUUCCCGUGACCCGUGUCAGGAUAAGCAAGUUGGAAAAUGGUUGGAUAGAAUGAGCAAAGCAAAUUUAUUUGCAUAGUGCAUUUCAUACAUCAAGGUAAAUCAAUGUGCUUUCCAUGAUUAAAAGCAUUUCAAUACAAAAGCGACAAAAAAAAAAUUCAGAAUUUUUAACAACUUUCAUGCAGUUUGUUUGAAACAUUACCCGCGGGUCUGAUUACUAAAAAAUAGAAAUAAAUCCAUGUGAAACUUUCUGCUUGAAUGGGUUGUUUUCACUGACAUCACAUUUUUUGCUGAAUUACACAUACACCACUGCGCGCCGCCAUUUAACCUCUCAACCUAACGCGUAUAAGUGUGGAAGUCUCCGGAAUGCUCCUGGUUAGUUUGUGUUUUUGUGUUUCAAGGGCAUCUCGGUACUCAAGUACACAAGAGAGGACGCUUCUUCUGACUUAUGUUCGACAACUCUUGCCAAUUCGCUGAAGCUUUUUCCAGAGUUGCUAGUCGGUGCGCUCUUCAAAGUCUCGCGAUCCGGUUCAGAAGUCCAGCUACGUAAGCGGGGACAUCGUCUAAUGCUUCCGACGAAAGAUUUUGGACGUGCUGCGGCUCUGUGCUUCACGGAGAUUUAGCUUUGUGGACGACUGCCAGAAGCUGUUAUAACGCUGCCCGGACUCAACCUCCAUCGUGUUGAUGUGUCGCCAAGCUAGCAAGUUUGAUCGAUACUCUUUUCAGAAGGCCAACAUCACAGUCAAGAUCCUUUUUUGUUCGUCACUUGAAAGAGUCGAGAAUUUUGUGAAAUAAUGGAUUUGUUUAUUCUUUUGUCUUUCUGCCAGUCAUCAAAUUUUAAACAAACAUUUUGCUUUGCUUGUGGUGAACUAAUACACAGGUUAUACUUUUUGGGAAAAAAAAAAUGGAGUUUGCCUCGAUAUUAAAAAAUAAUAUUCCACCGCCUUUCGUUUUCCGUGUUUGCAUACAGGUAAGUGCUCUUUUUCCAUAUAGAGUAAAAGAUCAAGGGCACAAUACUGUGUCUUUGUGACGCAGUCCUGAGUCCCAUGAUGUGUGUAUGCCUGGUAGCCUAACCAGUCGGGGCUUGAUGUGCUGUCGGUCGAAUCUUCAAUAAAUGCAGUUGGAAACAUCCACCUCGUCUUUGUAUGAGUAACGGAGCUCAGGGAUCGAAAAUGGCCGCUGUUCGAGGCAGCACAACAGACGCAGCAAUGGGCGAAUUCGGGAAGGCAGCUCCCUACCUCAGGAAGUCGGAGAAGGAGCGUCUGGAAGCUCAGACUAGGCCAUUCGACAUCAAGACAGAAUGCUUUGUGGUGGACGACAAGGUGGAGUACAUGAAGGGACAAAUCCAGAGCAAAGAGGGUGGUAUGGUAAAGGUGAAGAAGGAGGACGGGACGACGGUGAGUGUGAAGGAGGCUGACAUCCACCCGCAAAAUCCGCCUAAAUUUGACAAGAUUGAAGACAUGGCGAUGUUCACCUUCCUCCAUGAACCAGCGGUGCUGUUUAACCUGAAGGAGCGCUACGCUGCCUGGAUGAUCUACACCUACUCUGGCCUCUUCUGCGUUACCGUCAACCCGUACAAGUGGCUCCCUGUCUAUGACGCUGAGGUGGUGGCAGCCUACAGAGGAAAGAAGAGGACCGAAGCUCCCCCCCACAUUUUCUCCAUCUCCGACAACGCUUACCAGUACAUGCUGACAGAUCGGGAAAACCAGUCCGUCCUUAUCACUGGAGAAUCCGGAGCUGGCAAGACAGUCAACACCAAGCGGGUCAUCCAGUACUUUGCCAGCAUCGCAGCCGUCGGCGGGGCAGGCAAAAAGGACUCUAGCAAGGGGACUCUGGAGGAUCAGAUCAUCCAGGCCAAUCCAGCUCUGGAGGCCUUCGGCAACGCCAAAACCCUGAGGAACGACAACUCCUCCCGGUUUGGAAAGUUUAUCAGAAUUCACUUUGGGACCAGCGGUAAGUUGUCAUCCGCUGACAUUGAAACAUACUUGCUAGAGAAGUCGCGCGUCACCUUUCAGCUCAAAGCGGAGAGGAACUACCACAUCUUCUAUCAAAUCCUGUCCAACCAAAAGCCGGAUCUGCUAGAAUUGCUCCUGAUCACCAACAACCCGUACGACUACUCCUACAUCUCCCAAGGAGAAGUUACAGUUGCCUCUAUCAACGACUCAGAGGAGCUGAUGGCCACAGACAGCGCUUUUGAUGUGCUGGGGUUCACAAGUGAAGAGAAGAUGGGCGUUUACAAGCUGACGGGCGCCAUCAUGCACUAUGGCAACCUAAAGUUCAAGCAGAAGCAGCGGGAGGAGCAAGCCGAGCCCGACGGGACGGAGGCGGCAGACAAGUCUGCUUACCUGAUGGGCCUUAACUCCGCUGACCUCAUCAAAGGGUUGUGCCACCCUCGAGUCAAGGUAGGGAAUGAGUAUGUGACCAAAGGCCAGAGUGUGGACCAAGUCUAUUAUGCCAUUGGCGCCCUGGCAAAGUCAGUGUAUGAGAAGAUGUUCAACUGGAUGGUUGUCAGGAUCAACCAGUCCCUUGACACCAAGCAGCACCGGCAGUACUUCAUAGGGGUGCUUGACAUUGCAGGCUUCGAGAUCUUUGAUUUCAACACUUUUGAGCAAUUGUGCAUCAACUUCACCAAUGAGAAACUCCAACAGUUUUUCAACCACCAUAUGUUUGUCCUGGAGCAAGAGGAGUACAAGAAAGAGGGAAUCGAUUGGGAGUUUAUCGACUUUGGGAUGGACUUGCAGGCUUGUAUUGAUCUCAUUGAGAAACCGCUGGGGAUUAUGUCCAUUCUGGAGGAAGAAUGCAUGUUCCCCAAAGCCAGCGACCAGACCUUCAAAUCCAAGCUCUACGACAAUCAUCUGGGCAAGAACAAAAUGUUUGAGAAGCCCCGAGCUGCCAAAGGAAAAGCAGAGGCUCAUUUCGCCCUUGUCCAUUAUGCCGGCACCGUAGACUACAACAUUACAAACUGGCUGGUGAAGAACAAAGAUCCACUCAAUGAAACAGUUGUUGGUCUCUAUCAGAAGUCCUCACUCAAGCUUCUGAGUUUGUUAUUUUCGAGUUACUCAGGUGCUGACGGUGCUGACAAAGGGGGCAAAGGAGCCAAGAAGAAGGGGUCUUCCUUCCAGACGGUGUCAGCUCUUCACAGAGAGAACCUCAACAAGCUGAUGACAAAUCUAAAGACAACACAUCCUCAUUUUGUACGCUGCCUUAUUCCAAACGAGCGGAAGACUCCAGGAGUCAUGGACAACUGUCUAGUCAUGCACCAGUUGCGUUGCAACGGUGUUCUGGAGGGCAUCCGAAUUUGCAGAAAAGGUUUCCCAAACCGCGUCCUCUAUGGAGACUUCAAACAGAGGUACCGGAUCCUUAAUGCCUCCGCCAUCCCUGAGGGUCAGUUCAUGGACUGCAAGAAAAGCGCUGAGAAGCUGCUCUCAUCUUUGGACAUCGACCACACACAGUACAAGUUUGGCCACACCAAAGUCUUUUUCAAAGCUGGCCUGCUGGGUACUCUGGAGGAGAUGCGAGAUGAACAGCUCUCCAGAAUUAUCACCAGAAUCCAGGCAAACGCUCGUGCACUACUCAUGAGGGCCCAGUUUGCAAAGCUAGUCGAGCGCAGAGAUGCCCUCAUGGUCAUUCAGUGGAACCUUCGGUCUUUCCUGAGUGUGAAGAACUGGCCAUGGAUGAAGCUCUUCUUCAAGAUCAAACCCCUGCUGAAGAGUGCAGAGUCUGAGAAAGAAAUGGCCAACAUGAAGGAUGAGUUCAACAAGCUGAAGGAAGCCCUGGAAAAAUCAGAAACACGUCGCAAGGAAUUAGAGGAGAAGAUAGUGAGUCUCCUUCAAGAAAAGAACGAUUUGACUCUGCAAAUUCAAUCAGAGCAAGACACUCUCACCGAUGCUGAAGAACGAUGCGAUCAGCUCAUCAAGAGCAAGAUACAACUGGAGGCCAAGCUCAAGGAGACAAAUGAGAGACUGGAGGAUGAAGAAGAACUGAAUGCAGACCUCACAGCGAAGAAACGGAAAUUGGAAGAUGAGUGUUCCGAGUUAAAGAAAGAUAUUGAUAAUCUUGAGCUCACAUUGGCCAAAGUUGAGAAAGAAAAACACGCCACGGAGAAUAAGGUAAGGAACCUAACUGAGGAGAUGGCAUCUCAGGAUGAGAACAUACUGAAGCUGACCAAAGAGAAGAAAGCACUGCAGGAGGCUCACCAGCAAACUCUGGAUGACCUUCAGAGUGAGGAGGACAAAGCCAACAGCUUGAAUAAAUCCAAAGUGAAGCUGGAACAGCAAGUGGAUGACCUGGAAGGCUCCUUGGAACAGGAAAAGAAGGUUCGAAUGGAGCUGGAACGCUCCAAGAGAAAGCUGGAGGGGGAUGUGAAGCUAACUCAGGAGAGCUUGAUGGAUUUAGAAAAUGACAAGCAGCAACUGGAGGAGAAGCUUAAGAAAAAGGACUUUGAGACAGCCCAGAUUAGUUCCAGACUGGAGGAUGAGCAGGUCGCUUCUGGACAGCUACAGAAAAAACUGAAGGAAAACCAGGCAAGGAUCGAGGAGCUAGAGGAAGAGCUGGACGCUGAGCGUGCAGCACGAGCCAAAGUAGAAAAGCAACGCUCUGAUCUUUCCCGCGAGCUAGAGGACAUCAGCGAACGUUUGGAGGAAGCAGGAGGGGCUUCGUCGGCUCAGGUGGAGCUCAACAAGAGAAGAGACACUGAAUUCCAGAAGUUGCGCAGGGAAUUGGAGGAGUCCACCCUCCAACAUGAGGCUAUCGCUGCCACCCUGAGGAAGAAGCAUGCUGAUAGCGUCGCUGAACUAGGUGAGCAGAUUGAUAACCUCCAGCGAGUCAAGCAGAAACUGGAGAAGGAAAAAAGUGAGCUGAAGCUAGAACUGGACGACUUUGCAUCCAGCAUGGAGAGCAUGGCCAAGACCAAAUCCAAUGUUGAAAAGCUCUGCCGAACAAUGGAAGACACCGUGACUGAGUACAAGGGCAAAUAUGAGGAGGCUCAGCGGUCCGUCAACGAUUUGACUACCCAGAGGGCCAAACUGCUCGCAGAGAAUGGCGAGUUUGGACGGCAAAUGGAGGAGAAGGACUGCUUGAUCUCACAGCUUACGCGAGGAAAGAACUCAUAUAACCAACAAGUAGAAGACCUUCGCAGACAACUGGAAGAGGAAGUCAAGGCGAAAAAUGCACUGGCGCAUGCCGUGCAGUCUGCCCGCCACGACUGCGAUCUCCUCCGAGAACAGUUUGAAGAGGAGCAAGAAGCCAAGGCUGAGCUGCAGAGGGCGCUGUCUAAAUCCAACGCUGAUGUCUCGGCAUGGAGGAACAAGUAUGAAACUGAUGCCAUCCACAGAACUGAGGAGCUGGAAGAAGCAAAAAAGAAACUGGUUCAGAGAUUGCAGGAGGCUGAGGAGGCCAUUGAAGCAGCAAAUGCCAAGUGUUCGUCACUUGAGAAAACCAAGCACCGGCUUCAAAAUGAGAUCGAGGACUUGAUGCUGGACCUGGAGCGGUCUAAUGCAGCUUCAGCAGGGCUGGAUAAAAAACAACGAGCUUUCGACAAAGUCCUGGCAGAAUGGAAACAAAAGUUUGAGGAGUCUCAAUGUGAGCUGGAGGCCUCUCAGAAGGAGGCGCGAACUUUCAGCACUGAACUCUUUAAAAUGAAAAAUGCAUAUGAGGAGUGCCUGGAUCAUCUGGAAACCAUGAAAAGAGAGAACAAGAACCUGCAGGAAGAGAUCUCAGACCUAAACGACCAGCUCGGGGAGGGUGGCAGAAGUGCUUGUGAACUAGAAAAGAUGAGGAAGCAGUUGGAGCAAGAAAAGGCAGAACUUCAGUCAGCACUGGAAGAGGCUGAAGGCUCUCUGGAGCAUGAAGAGAGUAAAAUUCUACGAGCUCAAUUGGAGUUUAACCAAGUGAAGGCCGACAUGGAGCGGAAAAUGGCGGAGAAGGAUGAGGAAAUGGAGCAGGCGAAGAGAAACUACCAGCGUGUGGUGGAAUCGCUCCAGUCCUCUCUAGAGUCUGAGACCAGGAGUCGUAACGAAGCGCUGAGAGUGAGAAAGAAGAUGGAAGGUGACCUCAACGAGAUGGAAAUCCAGCUGAGCCAAGCAAACAGGCAAGCAGUUGAUGCACAGAAACAACUCAAGAGCCUUCAGGCAUUCCUGAAGGACACUCAAUUGCAACAGGACGACUUGCAGCAUGUGAACGAUGACCUGCGGGAGAACAUUGCCGUCUUUGAACGUCGGAACAAUUUGAUCCAGGCGGAACUAGAGGAGGUGAGGGCUGCUCUUGAGCAGACAGACAGAAGCCGUAAACUGGCCGAGCAGGAACUGACCGACUCUACAGAGCGCACACAGCUCCUCCACUCUCAGAACACCAGCCUGAUCAACCAGAAGAAGAAGUACGAAGCAGACCUAAUGCACCUGCAAAGUGAAAUGGAGGAAGUGGUCCAAGAGAAUCGCAACGCCGAGGAAAAGGCAAAAAAGGCCAUCACAGAUGCAGCCAUGAUGGCUGAAGAACUGAAAAAGGAGCAAGACACCAGCGCGCAUUUGGAGCGCAUGAAGAAGAACAUGGAACAGACCAUCAAAGACCUCCAGCACCGAUUAGAUGAGGCUGAACAGAUCGCCACGAAAGGUGGCAAGAAACAGCUCCAGAAACUAGAGGUUCGGAUCAAAGAUCUGGAGAACGAGCUGGAAACAGAGCAGCGCAGAGGAAUCGAGUCCAUCAAAGGGGUCCGCAAGUAUGAACGCCGGAUCAAAGAACUCACUUACCAGACAGAGGAAGACCGUAAGAAUGUAGCUCGACUCCAGGACUUGGUGGACAAGCUGCAGGUGAAAGUCAAAUCAUACAAGCGUGCAGCAGAGGAGGCCGAAGAGGCUGCCAACAACAACGCGGCCAAAGUUCGCAAGCUGCAACACGAGCUGGAAGAAGCGCAGGAGAGAGCUGAUGUGGCUGAGAGCCAAGUCAACAAGCUGAGGGCCAAGACCAGGGACGGGGGCCACAAGAAGAAUCUGGAAGACUGACUCACAAGCUUCUGUGUUUGUGGCGACAACAUUAAGAGGAAGUAUGAUGACGUCAGUUGACUUUACUUUGAAGAACAACACCGAUUGUGACAUGAUUCUUAUGACGAUGAUUAAUGAUAUUCACAGUUUGCACUCAAAGACAACAGGUGGCCAAUAUCAUGCGGCUUCCUGAAAAUUCACAUCACAACACAAUCUGACGUCACAAGGGAAGUUGUACUG